AUUCAUUAGUUUAUACACACACGUAUGGACAAAAUGGGUGUUUUGAACAUUAUUGUUAUGUGCAUUCUAUGGCAAAUAAACAGCGUCGGGGCACAAGAGAUACGACCCCAAAAAGCUGGCAAUUUGAAGGCAGUAGAAAAUUGGUUACUGUAUAUAAAACUCGGCAAUGACGAGGUGUGCGCAGGUGUACAGCUCUCUGACGAUUGGGUUCUUACCCUUGCUGACUGCAUUGAUGAGAAAUUCAAGCUUACAAAAUACAGCAUUGUUUACAAAGAUGGUUCAAGAAAGAUUCUUGCCGAAGACCGGGACUCCGUGGGAAAGUUAUUUAUCCUUCUUAAGAUGAAAAAGGAAAAAGAACCAACACAAACAAAGUUCACACAACUUGCUGACUCUAUGUUACCUUCUUCAGAGUACAAGUUUCAUCUGUUCAAUCGAGACGAUUCUGAUAAAAUUAUUGCAAAUGAAGUCGAUUAUGUCAGAGGCACUCAAUGUGAGAAGGAAGAAAUUGAUGGUAAUUUUGGCGAGACACAUAAAUGUGUUCAAGGCAACAUGAAUAAAAAAGCUAGAUGUCUACCAGGAAGUCCAGUGUUUGGAUCCAAGAAAAAGGAAAUAAUUCUGCAAGGACUUGCAGUUACAUCAUCUGAUCCUUGCUCAUCACAGCUUCAAUCUAUUGCAGUCAUAAAACCGCAAGUUAACUGGAUCAACUCGGUCAUUAUUGAUUGCGGUCCAAUUAAAACUUUUCGGAAUGGCAAGGUAAAGCUUAACAAAAAAUCUCUGACAACAAUUGGAUCCACAGCAACUAUAAGAUGUGAUCCUGGGUAUGAGGCAACUCAAAAGGAAAUCGUUUGCCUAGAAAACGGGAAAUGGGAAAAACCAAGUUGCGAAUUAAAAGGUAAGGGCUAG